UCCAUCUCCCGACUCCACGUGGGCGCCUGAGGAGGGGGCGGGGCCUGCUGGCUCCCCUCUUCCGAGUGCAGAGCGCCGCCCUACUGGCCGCCCCGGGGAGAGCAGCCCCAGAGCCCUCCCCUGCUGCUUCACCCCGAGCAGGAAGAGGGAAGGAGGGCAAGGACGGGACACUUAGAGGACACCGACUGUGUGCCGGGACGGCGUCUGCCAACUGAGGCGACUGGAUCCGGCCCACCGUCUGCAGCGGGACUGGAACUCGGGGCUUCUGGCCACCAGGCUCCGGGCUGCCGCCGGGUCACUUAGCUAGAGAGCGCGGUGGACCGGCCAGCUUUGAGAGCAGGGCCGGCUGGGCCCCAGGCUUCUCUUCGCCGCCUGUCCAGAUCUAGUGACCCCGCAUUUUAAGGAAGGGAAACCCCAAAGCGAACCGGGGGUGGCUGCAGCCUCCCUUCGUCCUCUUCACCAAAGGCACAGACAGGGCAUACCGGGCUCCCGACUUCAUUUCCCACCUCUGGGCCUUUGCAUAGGCCCGGCCCUCCUCCUGGCUCAGCCUUCCUACUCCACUUAUGGGAUUAGAAACCCCGCCCCGGACAGGCUGGCGCGGCCGGGGCGGGGCGGGGCGGGGGGCGGAGUCGCAGCGCCCGGGCUCCCCAGACUCCCCGCCCUGGCUAUUUCGCGAUCUGAAGCUCCUGAGCCCCUAAAGAGCCGCUCGUAGAAUCAACCCGGAGGAGCCAAGGACGCUAACCGCGCGGAGCUGGAGAGCAGCCAGGGGACCCCGGGAACUGGGCUGGCCCGGCUGGGCAGGGAGGAGGAUCCCGGCACUCGGGGCCAGUUUCCUGCCCCGUGACGUGGAGGACGUGGGGGAGGGGCCCCGGCCUCGGCCUCUGCCUCUGCCCGCCCAGCAAGGCUUCCCGCUAGCGCGCCAGCAGCCCGCAGCAGCUCGCAGAUGGAGGACGACCCCACCGUGUUCAGCUGCCGCUCCCUGCCCGAGGACCCCCGCCUCCUGGCCCCCGUGACCAGUGCGUGCGUGGGCACCCAGGUGUACAGGGACGCCCUGCACGUGAGCGGCGUGUACAACGGGGCCGGGCCCGACACGCACCGCGCCCACCUCCCGAGCCCCCUCAACGUCCGGCUGCUGGCCCCCGCCGCCCGGGAGACCUUCGCGCUGGACACGAAGACAGGUACUUUUGUCCACAGCCUGCAGGGCGCCGACUUCUGGGCCCGGCAGCGAGUGUACGCCCACCGCGCCCUUCCGCGCCUGCUCGUGCUCAGCGUGGACCUCGGGCGCUGCGGCCCCAGCACGGGGCGGCCCAUCACGGUGCGCCUCCAGGCUGACUUCAGCCCGCACAGCCCGGACGUAGCCUUGCAGGCGGGCCCCGACUUCCGGGGUGCUCGGUACCUGCACGGACGCACGCUGGUCCCCGAGCAGCCCGGCUGCGCCCUGGCCGAGGUGCACCUGCUGUGGAUGCCGGUGCCGCUCACGCUGAGCCUGGCGGCGGACGAGCAGGAGCGCACGUGGGACUUCCUGACGCUGGUGGCGGGCAGCCGGGCGCAGGCCGAGGCCCAGUUCCUGGAGGCCCUGAGCAUGCGCGCGGCCGGCACCCUGUUCCCGCGCCACUCGGCGGCCUGGGCGGAGCUGUGGGAGGCCUGGGCCGCGGACCUGGAGGGGCCCCUCGCCCUGAGGCAGGCCCUGCGGGGGUGCCUCUACUACACGCUCAGCGCGCUCCCGCCCCCGGGCUGCCCGGAGCCCUUCCACGGGCUCAGCCCUGGCGGACUCUCCAACGGGGGCUUCGGCCAGUGCUACUGGGGCCACGUCUUCUGGGACCAGGACGUCUGGAUGUUUCCCAGCAUCCUCCUGUUGGAGCCCACCGCAGCCCGGAGCAUCCUGGAGUACCGAAUCCGGACGCUGGCCGGGGCCUUGGCCAACGCCGAGCUGCUGGGAUUUCAGGGUGCCAAGUUUGCCUGGGAAAGCGCCAUUUCGGGCAGAGAGGUGUGCCCUGAGGAGAUCUACGGGACCCAAGAGAUCCACGUGAACGGGGCGGUGCUGCUGGCCUUUCAGCUCUAUUACCAGGCCACGCAGGACAUGCAGCUUUUCUGCGAGGCGGGGGGCUGGGACGUGGUCCGCGCUGUGGCCGACUUCUGGUGUAGCCGGGUCACGUGGUGCCCGGAGGAGCAGAACUACCACCUCCGAGGGGUGAUGCCCCCUGACGAGUACCACCCCGGGGUCAACAACUCCGUCUACACCAACGUCUUGGCUCAGACCGGCCUGCGCUUCGCCGCCGAGCUGGCCCGGGACCUGGGCCGGCCAGUGCCCGACCUGUGGGUGACGGUGGCCGAGAAGAUGAAGGUGCCCUUCGACGCGGAGCGGAACUACCACCCGGAGUUCGACGGCUACGAGCCUGGACAGACGGUCAAGCAGGCCGACGUGGUGCUCCUGGGCUACCCCGUGCCCUACGGCCUGAGCCCCGAGGUCCGGAGGGCGAACCUGGAGGCGUACGAAGCUGCGACCUCGUGCCGGGGCCCCGCGAUGUCCUGGAGCAUGUUUGCUGUGGGCUGGCUGGAGCUGAAGGAGCCCCAGAAGGCCCAGGAACAGCUCCGGAAGUGCUUCUCCAACAUCUCGGAGCCCUUCAAGGUGUGGACGGAGAACGCGGACGGCUCGGGCGCUGUGAACUUCCUGACCGGGAUGGGGGGCUUCCUGCAGGCGGUGCUGUUCGGCUUCACCGGCCUCAGGAUCACCAGGGCCGGCCUGCUCUUCGACCCCGCGUGCUCGGCCCCGGUUCUCUCCGUGCGGCUCCCGGGGGUCUCCUAUCUGGGCCACAAGCUCCGCCUGCACUUCUCCGAGGAGGCGGUGACCAUCGAAGUGACGGCCUCGGAGGGCCCCGGGGCCCCGCCCCUGGAGGUGGAGCUGCGGCCUUCUGGGCAGCGGCUCCCCCUGCCCGUGGGACUCGAGAUCUCCUUCCCCGCCGCUGCCGGGAGGAUCCAGAGGGCGCCGGUGUAGAACCUGGGGGCCCCCACCGACUUAGGGAGCGCCGCCUCCAGUCCUGACGGCGGCAUUCAAGGCCUGCCUGCCCUCACCUGGCCCCGCCCAUGCCUUCCCAGACUCAAUAAACGUUGGCGGCCCCA